AUGCUAACCGUACAGGUGCUACCAACCGAGACUGGAGGCUUACACAUGUUUCGCAUGUUACCGCUUGGGAUAAUAGACUCGAUUAUAUUGUUGAUUAUCCAUAUGCCAGUGACAGUCAGACUACAGAAGAUGGUUAUUUUGAGUGGUAUGAACUGCACACACGUCGUUUCAUAUCACCGAUUACCCCAUCUGAUCGUACAGGAUUUCAGGUUGGAGGUCAGAUUUCAAUGGAUACAGUGGUACGUAUUCAAAUUUAUUUAUUAUAAAAUUUUGUGUAUUAUAUAAUUUUUAUUAAUGUAUGUCUUCUAAAAAUAAAAUAUUUCUUAUUACUUAUUUCAGAUUCAGCAUCUUCGAUCAUUGAUUGUUUCUGUUGAUGGCGGAGACAUGCCCCGGGAUGGCUAUCGUUCGUAUUUACCGACUCUCAGAACAUGUCUUAAUGUCUUAGAGUCUCGACACGGACCUUCAGAUAGGCCUCAAUCUGAGAUGCCUUAUACUCAGACUCACUCUCAGACUCAGACUCAGAUACCACUGUCUCAAAUGCCUCAGUCACAGACUCAGAUGUACGCUGGCGAGGCAGGAACUUCUUCUCGUGCAUAUUAUCCGGCAUUCGAUAAUUAUACAGAUCCUAGAGCACACGGGCAUCCAUCUGAUCCGUACACCCCAUACCCCUACUUUAAUCCGAAUAUGAAUUCGGAAGACCCAAUUCAUUUGGGGUCUACGCAUCAGUUUUCGUCUUCGCGACCGGUAGAUCAUCAGAUCACACCUAUUCCUUAUUUUGAAUCCGCAAAUUCUUCGAGUGAUGAGGAUGAACAAGUUGGUAGAGGGCACAGGACUAGAAGGCCCCCGAGAUGUGGCACCGGAGGUCACCGUCAUUGGUGAUAUUAUUAUUGUAGUUUAUGUUGGUUAUUUAUUAAAACUUUUUCGUAUUUUAGUUAUUCAAUAAAAAACAAAU